AUGGUUGCCGGACAGCUGUUUGACCGCUCAACGCUCCUCUUCCGGGGUCAAGAUGCGAGCGGUGGGAUCACCAUACGCGCGUUUGAUGCGCGCGAUGGUUUGGCGUCAACCGACCCGACGCACUUCGCCCACAGGAGCGACGCGUAUCUCGCCUUUUGGUUCCUCUUCCAGAUACUGGGCGGGCAGGUUCUGAUGCUUGUUCUCAUCGGGACCUUCCUCUUCACUCGCGCACGACGUCACUUGUCGUUGGUCAAUCUGUGCGCCAGCUUUGUGUUGACGGGCAUAUGCUCAUCUCUUCUACUGUAUGCGGGACAACUCAAGGGGCCUGAACCCAACCUCACCUUGUGCAUAUUUCAAGCCGCAGCAGCGAAUGCGCUCCCACCUCUUUGGUCCACUGCGCUGCUUUUCUUUGUCUUCUACCUCCGAAAGUCCAUCAACAAUCCGGAUGGCAAAGAACUUGAACGUCCCACCGUCUGGUCCUUCCUCGCAAUCGUCCUCCCUUACGUGGUGUUCUUGAUAUAUCUCCUUGUUGGAUGCAUACUCGGCUCAUUGCAGCCUGAAAAGGUUACCCGGGACGAUCGCGCUGUAUACUGUGACAAUAACAAUGAUGCCUUCGAUGUUGCAUCAGCAUCUUACUCGGCGCUGGCGGCUCUUGCGUCGCUGUCUCUCACCGCACCCCUGGCGCUGAACCUUAUACGCGCUUAUCCUUGGUUCCGCAAGAUCCGCAACGCCACGGCUACACAGUGCCUCGCGCUACGACUCUGCGUGUUCCUUGUCUUCGUUGGCAUAGGCAUUGUAUUCGCCGUCUGGAGUAACUUCGACGACGUGAACGCGAGCUCGAGGGAUAUGUACAUAGCCAUUACGCCGGUUGCCAUCUUCCUCGUCUUUGGUUCUCAGGCCGAUGUUCUGAGCGUUUGGUGUUUCUGGAGACGCCGACCCGCCGAGCCUAAAGGGGACGAAUGGUCCUCUCCCGACUACCCGACCCGUGUCCUAGACAUCAGCAGGAAACUGUCAUCCGAAAAAGGCCUGCCUGAUCUGCCACGCUCGCCCCAUUCAUUCACAUCAGGCUCCUCAUAA